AUGCGAGAAGAACGCAGUCAAGGGCAUCAAACGUUCACAUCAGAUCCAAAUGUUGAAUUACCAGAUGCUGUUGACUGGCGUGACAAAGGUGAUGUUGUACGAGUCAAAGAUCAAGGUCAAUGUGGAGCAUGCUGGGCAUUCUCAGCAGUUGGCUCAAUCGAAAGUGCAUAUGCCAUUAAAACUGGCAAACUUGUUUCACUCUCUGAACAACAGUUAAUUGAUUGUUCUGGUGAACAGGGUAAUAUGGGUUGUAAUGGUGGUUUGAUGGAUCAAGCCUUCGAAUAUGUCAUAGCAGCGGGGGGUAUUGAAAGCGAAGAUGCAUAUCCAUAUGAAGCCGCUGGCAACAUAUGCGUGUUCAAUACAUCAGAGGUUAUUGUCAAAGUCUGUGGAUUCAUUGACAUUGCAUCAGAAGACGAAACAGCUCUUCAACAAGCCGUUGCUACUAUUGGACCAAUGUCGGUUGCUAUUGAUGCCAGUCACUCAUCAUUUCAGUUAUACAAACGCGGUAUCUAUAAUGAACCAGCUUGCUCACAAACCCAACUUGAUCAUGGUGUCCUCGCUAUAGGUUACGGUAAAGAGUCGGGCAAAGAUUAUUGGCUCGUGCAAAACAGCUGGGGUUCAGAUUGGGGUGACCAUGGUUAUAUCAAAAUGACACGUAAUAAAAAAAACCAAUGUGAUGCCCAAUAUUAUUGGUUCCAAUAUAUUGGGUACGAUAUUGGUCAAAGUGCAAUGAUCAAAACGAAUCAACAGCUCAUCGAUUUAUUACCAAAUUUCGCACAUCAACAACAAACAUCUACAUCAGUGAUUGAGAAACUUGUAACAAUAAUCGAUAAAUUACAUAUGAAAUUUGAUCAACAGCUGGCUUUUGAAGUGACGAAUCAAUCUUUGGCACCAAUAUUCUCAUCUCAACCAGUUCAACAAUCACAAACACCUUCAAUACUACCAUUGAAUACAUCCUCUAGUCAAAGUCAAAGAACGACAUCGAUUGUACCAACACCAACAAAACAGUUAUCAUCCACAAAAAAACAAUCGACAAUAACGACAACGGCAAAUUCAAACAAUAAACCGAUUAAACGUCAAGUUCAACAUUUGCGAAUCACAUAUAGUUUAUGUAGUGACUUACAUUCAGCAAUUAACAACGGUCAAUAUCAUCAUUUGCUAAAAUCGCUUGAUUCGGUCACGUUUGUUGUGGGUACCAAUAAUCUCGAUGAAGAACCUCCAUUACAUGCAUUCUCUAAAGCCAAAGAUCUGUUGUCAGUAACGAAUCAAUAUCAUUCAAAGAAGAAAAUAUCAAUUGCCAAAGUACCAUUUAGAACAAAACAGACCUACCGUACGACAAACAUCAUGAAAGGUGUAAAAGAAUAUAAUGAAGGUCUUGGUACAUUAAUAUUUGAUUACGACAAUGUUGACAUAUUAGAUAUGGAUUUAAAACCCGAUACGUUGAUCGAUGAAAUACAUAUGAACGCUAAAGGAUCUGUGUACAUAAUACAAAUACUCUCACCCAAAUAG